AUGUCUACCGAAAGCACUUUUACUCUGCCUGAUGGGCAGCAGGUCUAUUCCAAAACAUGGAAGCCAGAUGGAGCUCUCCGAGCAGUCCUUGUCCUUAUCCAUGGAUUCAGUGAUCACUGCAAUACCUAUUACGACCUCUUCCCAAGCUUGGCCUCGUCCGGUAUCGAGGUGAGAGCCUUUGAUCAGCGUGGUUGGGGCCGCACGGUCAAAACCAAAAAAGACCGCGGCAACACCGGCGACACCGCACAAGUGCUCUCAGACAUGCACUCUUUCAUCACCAGCACCGCAGCCUACGCCCAAGACACCAAAAUUCCCCUCUUUCUAGUAGGCCACAGCAUGGGCGGCGGCCAAGCACUCACCUACAUCCUCCACCCGGAGUCACCCUACCACAGCGCCACCAAGCCCACUCUAGCCGGCGUGCUCAUCUGGUCUCCGCUCAUUACCCUGGAUCCAUCCUCCCAGCCGGGGAAAAUUACAAUCAUAGCAGGUAGAAUAGCAGCCCGCGUCAUGCCGCGACUGCAGCGGUACUCGCCGCUUGAUCCGGGGCUGAUCUCGCGGAAUGAGAGUGUGACUAAGAAUUACGAGGCGGACGAGCUUUGUCAUGAUACUGGGACUUUGCAGGGAUUGAAAGGGAUGUUGGAUCGGGGGUUGUGGUUGGAGGAGGCUGGAGUUGAGUUUUAUGAGAAAGCUGGAUAUGUGCCGUUAUGGAUUGGACAUGGGGUGGAGGAUAAGAUUACUAGUUUUGAGGCGACGAAGGCAUUGGUGACGAGGCUUGGGGGGAAGGGGGAUGUUACGUUUGUUGAGUAUGAGGGUGCAUAUCAUACUCUGCAUGCUGAGCUGCCGGAGACGACGGCGAAGUUUACGAGGGAUGUUUCGGAUUGGUUGUUGGCGAGGUGUCCUGCUCCGGUUUCGAGUGAAGCUGUUUCUGGCUUGGGAGAGAGCAAUGUGAAGUCGGAACAGAAGGUUGCAGCCGACCCGAGCAAGACUGACAGCGAGGUAAGCAAGGCGAAGCUGUGA